CAGACCCCCCCUAUAUAAGGCCAGGGCUGCAGAACCUGCUUUUGGGUCAGUGUCGCUGCAGAGGAUACAGACAGCCCCUUCAGCACAGCCUAGCCAGGCCUACACGCUGCCACCAUGCCAUUCGGCAACACCCACAACAAGUUCAAGCUGAACUACAAGCCUGAGGAGGAGUACCCGGACCUCACCAAGCACAACAACCACAUGGCCAAGGCACUGACCUUUGACAUCUACAAGAAGCUGAGGGACAAGGAAACACCAUCGGGCUUCACCCUGGACGAUAUUAUCCAGACGGGUGUGGACAACCCAGGUCACCCCUUCAUCAUGACCGUGGGCUGUGUGGCCGGUGAUGAGGAGUCCUACACCGUUUUCAAGGAUCUCUUUGACCCCAUCAUCCAGGACCGGCAUGGGGGCUACAAACCCACCGACAAGCACAAGACUGACCUCAACCAUGAGAACCUCAAGGGUGGAGAUGACCUGGACCCCAACUACGUGAUCAGCAGCCGUGUUCGCACGGGACGCAGCAUCAAGGGCUUCACGCUGCCCCCGCACUGCUCCCGUGGCGAGCGCAGGGCUGUGGAGAAGCUCUCCGUGGAAGCCCUCAACAGCCUGACGGGCGAGUUCAAGGGGAAAUACUACCCGCUGAAGAGCAUGACCGAGCAGGAACAGCAGCAGCUCAUUGACGACCACUUCCUGUUUGACAAGCCCGUGUCCCCACUGCUGCUGGCCUCAGGCAUGGCCCGAGACUGGCCCGACGCCCGCGGUAUCUGGCACAAUGACAACAAGACCUUCCUGGUGUGGGUGAAUGAGGAGGACCACCUCCGGGUCAUCUCCAUGGAGAAGGGAGGCAACAUGAAGGAGGUGUUCCGCCGCUUCUGCGUGGGGCUGCAGAAGAUCGAGGAAAUCUUCAAGAAAGCCGGCCACCCCUUCAUGUGGAACGAGCACCUGGGUUACGUGCUCACCUGCCCAUCCAACCUGGGCACUGGGCUGCGUGGAGGUGUGCAUGUGAAGUUGGCGCACCUGAGCAAGCACCCCAAGUUCGAGGAGAUCCUCACUCGCCUGCGCCUGCAAAAGCGGGGAACAGGUGGCGUGGACACCGCCGCCGUGGGCUCAGUGUUCGACGUGUCCAACGCCGAUCGGCUGGGUUCGUCCGAGGUAGAACAGGUGCAGCUGGUGGUGGAUGGCGUGAAGCUCCUGGUGGAGAUGGAGAAGAAGCUGGAGAAGGGCGGGUCCAUCGACGACAUGAUCCCAGCUCAGAAGUAAGCGCCCAGCGCACUCGCCGCCCACUGCUGGAGCCCCAGCGAAAGGGAGGACCCAGCCCACCGGAGGCCUGCCCCUUCAUCCCUUGCCCAGCCCUUUCCAUCAGGAGCCCCGCCCACAAUCGUUCAGCCAACCGGAGCCUCUGCCCACCCUUCUCGGAGUGCCAACCUGAACCAGAGUUCCAAUCAAUGGGCUCCUUCCUCUGGGCUACGGCCAAUGAGAAACCUCCCUUUUUCCCAGAGCUCCGCCCACCACCAGGAGCUCUGACUGGGGCUUGGGCUUUAUCUUCGCCCAAAGUAAUAAAAGCAAUGGUGGCCUUA